UCUUAUUGGCUGAGUUUGAGCGCCAAGAAUCGAAUAUAAGAGACUCCGGCUUUCUUACAUUGUGUGUUUCCCUCCAGCUGGACUGUAGAUCUUCAGGCUUGCACAGUUUAUUUAGUUGUAGCUUUUUGCUUUUUAAAAACUUAGUCGUUUUGACUAAACUAUAGCUCUUUUGUCUUAUUUUAUCUAACACUAUACAAUUUACCAUGAUGUCAACUCGCUCUCCACUGAAAAGCAAGAAUGAGAACACCGUUUCUUCAAAAAUGAGUAGUAUGUCCUUGCUGGACAAAGAAAACACGCCUCCUAGUAUGAACUCCACCAGAAUCCUGGCGUCCAAAACCGCGCGUAAAAUCUUUGACGACGCAGAGGAUCAGACAAAGGCCAAGAAAGUGAGUGUGGCGGAGGAGCCACUUCUGAAGGAGAACCCCAAUCGCUUUGUCAUUUUCCCAAUUCAGUACCAUGACAUCUGGCAGAUGUACAAGAAGGCAGAGGCGUCUUUCUGGACAGCUGAGGAGGUCGACCUGUCCAAAGAUCUUCAGCACUGGGACUCCCUGAAAGAUGACGAAAGAUAUUUCAUCUCUCAUGUUUUGGCUUUCUUUGCUGCAAGUGAUGGCAUUGUCAAUGAAAACUUGGUGGAGCGAUUUACUCAGGAAGUCCAGGUGACUGAAGCCCGUUGCUUCUAUGGCUUCCAGAUUGCAAUGGAAAACAUCCACUCCGAAAUGUAUAGUCUGUUGAUUGACACCUACAUCAAAGACCCCAAAGAGAGAGAAUUUCUUUUCAAUGCCGUUGAAACAUUGCCCUGUGUCAAGAAGAAGGCUGACUGGGCCAUCAACUGGAUCUCUAACAAAAAUGCUCAAUAUGGGGAGCGAGUAGUGGCUUUUGCUGCUGUGGAGGGAAUUUUCUUUUCUGGUUCUUUUGCUGCUAUUUUCUGGUUGAAGAAGAGAGGACUUAUGCCUGGACUCACCUUUUCCAAUGAACUUAUCAGCAGAGAUGAGGGUCUUCACUGUGAUUUCGCCUGCCUUAUGUUCAAGCACUUGGUAAACAAACCCUCAGAAGAAACCGUAAAGAGUAUUAUCACAAAUGCAGUUAAAAUUGAACAGGAGUUUCUGACUGAUGCUUUACCAGUGAAGCUGAUUGGCAUGAACUGUGACCUGAUGAAGCAAUACAUUGAGUUUGUGGCUGACAGAUUAUUGCUGGAGCUGGGAUUCAGCAAGAUCUACAAAGUGGAGAACCCCUUUGACUUCAUGGAGAACAUUUCCUUAGAGGGCAAGACAAACUUCUUUGAGAAGCGAGUGGGAGAGUACCAGAGGAUGGGAGUCAUGUCUGGACCUACAGAUAACACUUUUAGACUGGAUGCUGAUUUUUAAACCCUUCAGUACCACAAUGGACACUUGAUAACUAAAGACUUUAUUGCCGUGCGAUGAGGCUUGCAUUUUGCAUUUGUACAGUGUUUUUAUAGGAUGAAUAGAUCAUUUUCUUAUGUACAUGUUUUUGUUUUAAUGAUAUUGAAAUGCUUUUAUUUUUUGUUUUAAAUUUAAAUAAACCUUCUGAUCUGCUGA